AUCAAUGUUGAAUUAAGCAGGGAAGAAGGGAGACUAGUCAACCAUUACAGCCUGUAGCCCCAUGGUCAAAUGGUUAGUUGGUUAAUACUGUAUAUAUAUAUAUAAGGGCAAGCUGAACUCCUCUAUUCAACUCUGCUUCUCUUUCUCUCUCGCGAUUUUGUAUAUGUUCUUCAUCACUCCCAUUCUCUGAAUUUCAGUUGAGAGUUUGAUUUCUUGAAGAUCAUAUAUAGUCCUUCUCUGUCACUGUUUCUGGGUUUCAGUACUUUUCACAAACACCUGGUCGGCAAGGAAAAAAUGGCUGCUCGUCCGACUGUCCCAAAAUUUGGAAACUGGGAUAACGAACAGGAGCCAUACACGGUCUACUUCGAUCAGGCAAGGAAAUAUAAAGGUGGGAAGGCGAUAAAUCCAAACGAUCCCGAGAUGUAUCAGAGCGCGGCCCCGUCCAAACCUAGAACCCUGCCGCCGGAGGAACCAGUCCGGCGCGGCGGCGUUAGGCAAACGAAUGAGCGUAGGGAAGAUGGUGGUUUCCAGCAAUUCUCUAAUCAUUUAGCCAGGAAUAACGGUAAUAUGAGCUCCAGAGGCCGCGGAUCAAAUUCCGGCGGACGCCGCCGGCAAAGCGGCGGCUCCGAUCACAGCUUCGAGAAGUCGCCCCUCCACCCGCAGCACCGGGCAAAGCUAGCUCCCGGGAGAAGUAGUCCGUCUCAUGACAAUAGCUUCGAUACUCCGGGAAGGUCUUAUGAUAGUAGCCAUGGCGGUAUUGGCAAAUCCCGGCUAAAGCCAGAAAGUCCCGAUAGAGCUGCAAUUCCAAAGUUUGGAGGGUGGGACGAUGUCAAUCCUCAAUCAGCAGAGAAUUACACCGAGAUUUUUAACAGAGUGCGAGAAGCAAAACGCCUAGAUAAUUCUACAGAUAUACCUGGGACGCCUAGCCGAUCAUCGUACAAUACGCAAAAGCAAGAAAAACGUGCUCAGAAAUGUUGCUUUCCAUGGUGGUAGAUAGAUAAGAAGAAAGUGUGGGCUUCCAUUUCUUCAUUGAAUGUGUAGUUAGGUUGGUGAAGGUGUUAUGUUGCAUAGUUAGAGGAUUUAUGAUUCCUCUGUAAUUGUGUUUUUUCUUUUCUUUUUGUAACAAUUCAUUCAUUUUGAGGUUGUAUUUAAUUUGUAUGUAAUCUUUUCUUAAUUUUGAUGGUGGCAAUUAUGUAAUUUUGACAUUAGAAUAAAUUUGGGAAUUUUUU